AUUUUCAGAAAUAGGUACUUUUGAGUGCUGGCGUUUUCGUAGCAAAAGCAGUGAUGAUUAUCUUUUAGCUGUAAAGCUUUUGUAAAUUGAUCGUUUGUUCUAGCUGGAAAAAGUCGCAGAAAUAAAUAAUUUUCCUUGUGAACGUGUAAUCUAUCGAUAUAUUCUUGUGCCUAGCAAUAAAAUGCGUCUUGUUACACUGUCUGAAUCGAAACGGAUGGUGAGCGAUGGCGAGAAUACGGUGAUAGAUUUUUGGUGUUAAAAAUUGCUCUGUGUCAUUGCCGUUUUAGUUUUGUACUACAUCUAAGGAGGACAAUAUUUGAUUAAAAUUGACGUUUUCCGUGUUAAAAAUUCAGAAUCUUUGAAUAUUUCGACGAUUAUUGUGGGGAAAUUAUAUUGUCAUCGACUGACCGGCUGAUAUUACACGAGGCUUGUAUGUAUAUGUGACUUCUGCCUUCUGGUAUUAGUGACACGCCUCAGAAAAUAAAACUUAAUUUUGUGAAUGGACUUAUUCUAUUUUGUUAUUGUGUCGUUUUGGUGAUAAAGACGGUUUAUAAUUACGUAACUGUUGUGGAAUCUUAGUGUAUUAAAGAAUGGCCUGAGUGUGACCACUCCAUUACCGUCAUGUGUGACGGUGGAAUGUUUGUUUAGGCUCUAAUAUUUUGCUGCGACUUUGCCCCGAGUGCGCGUUUGAUACCUAUAUCGGACUGGAACAUGAAUUUAUCCGAAUCAAAACAAGAUUUGCAUUGAUCGUUCUCGACCUUUUGUCAUUUCGGACACUUUAAUAUUAGCAAAAUGUCUUCGGGAACGUUUGUUGAUAGGAUUGACCCUUUCGCGAAGCGGUCACUGAAGAAAAAGACUAAGAAGUCUCAAGGUUCGUCGCGUUACCGCAACACGCAGGAUGUGGAGCUCCAGGCUUUGCCUCUGCUAAAAGAUGUACCAAGCAGCGAGCAGGAAGAACUUUUUAUCCGUAAACUGCGACAGUGCUGUGUGGCUUUUGACUUCAUGGAUCCUGUUGCGGACCUGAAGGGGAAGGAGAUUAAACGUGCCACACUGAACGAGCUAGUAGAGUACAUCACUGGCGGCCGCGGAGUUCUUACUGAACCGGUUUAUCCAGAGAUCAUCAAAAUGAUAUCGGCCAACUUAUUCCGCACUCUGCCUCCAAGUGAAAAUCCUGAUUUCGACCCCGAAGAGGACGAUCCGACAUUGGAGGCUUCGUGGCCGCACCUCCAGCUAGUCUACGAGUUUUUCCUGCGCUUCCUUGAGUCUACCGACUUCCAGCCCACUAUCGGCAAGAAGGUUAUCGACCAAAAAUUCGUAUUGCAGCUACUAGACUUGUUUGAUUCUGAAGAUCCUCGCGAGCGCGACUUCUUGAAGACUGUGCUGCACCGCAUUUACGGAAAGUUCUUGGGUCUGCGCGCUUUCAUACGGAAACAAAUCAACAACAUCUUCCUUAGAUUUGUCUACGAAACGGAACAUUUUAACGGCGUGGGUGAACUUCUAGAAAUAUUGGGAAGUAUAAUAAACGGGUUCGCUCUGCCCCUGAAGAGCGAGCACAAACAGUUCCUGGUGAAGGUGCUGCUGCCAUUGCACAAGGUGAAGUGUCUGUCGCUGUACCACGCGCAGCUAGCCUACUGCGUUGUGCAGUUCCUGGAGAAGGAUGCCACGCUCACGGAGCCAGUAGUUCGUGGCCUGCUUAAAUUUUGGCCAAAAACCUGCUCGCAAAAAGAGGUUAUGUUCCUUGGUGAGAUUGAGGAGAUUUUGGAUGUUAUUGAACCAGCACAAUUUGCUAAAAUCCAAGAGCAAUUAUUUAGGCAAAUUGCAAAAUGUGUUUCCAGUCCACAUUUCCAGGUGGCGGAAAGGGCACUCUAUUAUUGGAACAACGAAUACAUACUAUCUCUGAUGGAGGAGAACAACCAAGUGAUAAUGCCCAUCAUGUUCCCGGCGCUGUAUAGGAUGAGCAAGGAGCACUGGAACCAAACCAUUGUCACGCUGGUGUACAACGUGCUCAAAACCUUCAUGGAGAUGAAUUCCAAGCUGUUUGAUGAGCUCACUGCCAGCUACAAGGCGGAGCGUCAGAAAGAGAAGAAGCGUGAGAAGGAGCGCGAUGAGCUGUGGAAGCGGUUGGGCGAGAUGGAGAUUGGACACAAGCGGCAGCAGGCGGCCGCCAGCUCCUCGCUACCCAAGUGAUGCCCUUCCACCUGCUAGAUAAUGCGAUCCAUUUUAUUUUCACUUAUGUAUUCAUAUUUUCUAUUCGAUUACAUUUUUGUUAAUGACGUUAUUAAUUUUUUAUACCUCUAAUGAUUCGUUCGUUCGGGCGGAUCCACCGACCGCUCCGCAGGCCGCUCCCCGCGCCCGCGUCCCGAAUGCACCGUCAUUAUUGUACUAGUAUUUUUGUAUUCGUUUACGUAGGAUACUACAUAGAUUACUUUAGGAUUUUUUAAUAUUGUUAAAUUGUUUAAUAAGUUAAAAGUUGUAUGUAUUAUUGUCGAUGCGUGAUUUUGUAUUUGCAUUUUGGAUCACCGGUAAUUGUAUUAAUCGGGCACCGGCUUCCGGCUGAAAAUGUUUGUACAAAAAAAAAAUUGAAUACCUAGGUAAAUUGGAAGGUGUACUUGGUAUAUUGCGGCCCGGCGGGUGCGGCGUGCGCGGGUCGACUGCCGCCGCGGGCGCCGCUCCCGCUCCUACUAUGUUCUAUGAAAUUUUGUUUAACUAGAUGCUGAAUACAAAAAUGUAAUUUUGAAGUACUAUCAUUUUGUAUAGAUACAUAGUGUAAAUAGGCAUUUAUUUAUUAUAAAUUUAUAGCAGUGUGAUUUUUAUACAUAGCUGCGGGAAGUGGGACACGACGAUCGAACAGAGCGAACCGAGCGCACCGAGAAUAUCCCAUGUGUCGCGUACGGUUUGGUGUAAAACUAAAAAAACGUUAACGGAUCAUAUUGGAGUAGAGCGAUGCCGUAGUAGAUAUAAUAAUUUGUAAGGAAAUAGUCAUUAAUUUGUAUGAUAUUGCUGUAGCUAUUAAUUUUUCUAUCAUCUAGUAGAGCGGCGUGGACGGUGCCCGCCCGCGCCUCUGUAUAUAGUAUGUACGACGCGCCGCCCGGGCCGCGGCCGCCCAUCCGCAUGUAUGUAUGUACACUAUGGACAUGUUUGUUAUGUAAAAUGUAUUGACAUGCAAAUUAUAUGAUCUUAUAUAUUAUAUAAAUUAAUAUUAUAGUACACAGUAUGAAAAUAAAAAGUUGACUCACAAGAUUUGCAUUGUUUAACCCGUUGCGUUGUGAGCCAGGGCUCUGCCGCGGUCCCUAACGCCCCAGCAUUCUCGGUUGCGCUGCCGCUUACUGCGUGCCACAUACAUACAAGAGUCAUUAACGCAUUCAUUAUGUUCGCAUUAAAGCGUUCGAAUUUUUGAAUUUGGUUUCAUAAUUAAAAAAAAAUAAUUCAUGAGUAUCGAUCAUUUAGGUUAACGUAAACGAUAAUAAUUGUGUUGUAAAAUAUGUGUACUUGGGUAAAAAUAAAAGAAACACAAAUAUAAUGAAAAUUUUGAUAAUUCUUAUACCACAAAUCUGUAAAAAAAAUAAAACUAAUUCGUAACCAUUAGCACCGAGCUUACUUGAGCUUACGUUUUACUUUACUUUCGCUUCCAUGCGAUGAAAGUUUUUAAGUUUAAAUUAGAAUUUUUGGAAACCAUAUACAACAACAAUGAUAGUUAUAUUCAAAUUCGAUUUAUGAUUAUGCAUCUUUUGUUUGUUAUUUUUUUUGUCAUAAAGUCCUAAGAGUUUGAAAAAGACAGAAGAACUUGUACUUACAAGUUACAGCGUAAGCUAUUCCUAAAUCCAACUUUAAAUUUUGGCUCUCAAAAAAUAUCUAUCCUGCAUGUUUAUGUCUGCGAUACAUAACAAACAAAUCUAGUAUAACUGUAUUUUAUUAGCAUAAUUUUAAUUUGAAGUUAGACUAGUUCGUCGCAUAAAAUUAAUAAUUGCUAAAAACUUGAUCGGCAUGAUGGUAAAAAGCAGUAGCAUAAAACGUACAUUAUGUAAUAAAUGUUAAUUAAGGCACCUAUAUCUAUAGGCAGAAACAUCUACAGAUAGAAGAUUUAUAAACAAAAAUAAAGAACACAAUAAAUGCUUAUUUAAAAGUAAUUAAAUUAA